AUGGAGCGUCCGAUAUGUCAUCUCCAGAGCAUGAAUGGUGACCUGCUAAACGAUAUCAUGUCUCGUGUAGAUGGCUCAGCCCUCGCUUCGGUUGCCAGUACAUGUUCUGAGCUCCGAGGCAUUGCUCGGGAUCAAAGCUUGUGGAAAAAGUUGUGUCAUAACAGGUGGCCUUCCACUGCUCUUGAAGAAGCUGAACAUCUGAUUUCAGGUUCUGUUCACGGUUGCUUCGACAAAUUCUACUCGGACGCCUGCCCACUUGUCUUAUAUGAUGAAGUUGCCAAUGCCAACCCUUUGAAACUGCUUGAAUGUGCUGAACUAAGUCCCCGCACAUCUCCUUCUGACCUACUGUCAUUGAUUGAUGUUUAUUACAAGAACAAAUGUGUCCUCUCGAGGAUCUCGGAUGGCAUACCUGAGGCUGUAGAUAUAUUCAAACAUGGACUUGUGGACAGCAGCUGGGAAAUGAUCGCUGACGGGCGACAGAAAUGGUUUCUAAAUUAUCCAUUUAAACUGGAAUUGAUGGACCUUAAAGACGAUGACGAUGACGAAGCAUUAGCUUCUCCUAUAUCAUCACUCAAUGAGGCUGGAAAAUCAAGAGAAAAUCUUUGCAAGAAGCUGAUAGAGGAUCUCAGGUUGAGUUGGAUACUAGUGGACAAGAAGACAGGCAAAGCUGUUAACCUCUCAAGCUGGAGGCCAUUAUCAGUACAGAAGAGUUGGCCAUAUCAUGCUACUUAUGUGAUGCAAUUCGGAUGCGUUCUACCCGUGGAAGAAAGUUUGCUUCCUCAGAAGCUGGCCAGAUUCAUAGUAACAACUAGAUUCAUGAUGACAGAAAGAGAGGAGUGUCUGAAAUGGAGGGAAAUCAGUAUGAGAAUUGAGAACAUAGAAGGUGCCCAUGUCAAUGGAAGGAGUAGUCUGAUGAUUCUGAAUAAGGCCCUUUACAGCCAACGCAGUACAAAUCAGUUUAAAUUGGAAGAGGGAUUAAGGAAGUAUGAGAAACAGAAGCGAGAAAUGAUGAGUAGAAGGGAAUCCAGUGAAACUUUGGCCGACAGAUUAUUUCCAUUCAUCGAGACCACUGUUUUUGUAAUUUUAUACGUUGCUCUUAGGUUGCUAGUUUAG